GCGGGUUCCGAAUGGGUGAGUCAAGUGUCGAUGUUAGGUAAUUAUUGAAGGCUACAUAUGACUGACCUCGUGCAGGAGCCGGAGGUUCCGACGCAAUCCUACAGACUUUCACUCUGUCGGGCUCAUUUUUUGGCGGUAUAGCUAGUUACCCCUUGGAGGGAGGCUACCUAUAUCUUGUGGCAACGGGCGGACCCAUUUACGCCUACUCAUUCAGCAGAGAUGGGAGCGGGAAGCCAGUCUUCACCCUCGCCGGCCAGACUGCCCAGACAUUUGCCGGUCAGGCGAGCCCGGUUGUCACCACCUUGCAUGGCAGGCCUGGGACAGGAACUCUCUGGAUAUCCGACAUCAAUACCGGUGUAAUGGCCUUUCAAGCUGUACCCGUCGGUGGCGUUCUGCAACCCAUACCGUUUUUCGCGACCGGUCGACUCUCCAAGUUCCAACGCCCGACCUUUGGCAACCAGCGGCUCAUCACGUCACGGCAGCAGACUGUCGUUGCAUUGGCGCCUCCUGGUACCAUUGCACCACAACCGCCGGCAACUUGCUCCCUGGUUGGAUCUUCCCAGCCAUCAUCCAGCUCAACGUCGACGAGCUCUUCCAGAUCAUCAUCAACCACAUUGUCGUCGACGGCCUCGUCUUCGACAUCUUCGUCAUCUUCAUCUAGGUCCUCGUCGUCGUCCACGUCGUCUUCCUCGUCAACAUCUCGGUCGUCAAGCUCCAGCACGACUGUUGUGACGACAUCUAGUUCUUCAAGUAGUACCAGCUCUAGCAGAUCAACGUCGUCCUCGUCCACCAGCUCUGCGCCUUACCCAAGCUACACAAACACGCCCAUUCCAAAAGGCAAGAUCGUCACUUACAACUGGAACAUAACCUGGGUUUCGGCUUCUCCAGAUGGGUUCAGGCGGCCGUUUGUCGGAAUCAACGGGCAGUGGCCGUGCCCACCCAUCAAAGGCAACGUUGGCGAUAUCAUCAAGAUCAAUCUAGUAAACAUGCUUGGCAAUCAAACAACCACACUUCAUUUCCACGGCCUCUUCCAGCAGAACACGACCUAUGAGGAUGGACCUGCCAUGGUCAAUCAAUGCCCUAUCCCCCCAGGUUCUUCGUUUGUUUACCAGUUCAAUCUCUGGCAAGCCGGAACUUACUGGUACCAUGCCCAUGUCGGUGGCCAGUACAUCGAUGGCCUACGAGGUCCCCUAAUCAUCAACGACCCGAAGGCGCCAUGGACCAUCCCGAAUACGCCAUACAAGGUCGACCAGGAAUACACAUUGACACUCAGCGACCUGUAUCACAAGCAGGCGCCGUAUCUCAUUCAUUAUUACCUAUCGGCGAACAAUACUGACACGACAGGCGGCGCUGAGCCUGUCCCAAACUCCAACUUGAUCAAUGAGGCACAGAAUGUCCAGUUUGCCAUGACGCCUGGCAAGACGUACUUGUUCCGCAUCAUCAACAUGGGCGCCCUUGCUGGGCAGUAUCUCCAGUUUGAUCAGCAUGAUAUGCAGAUUGUCGAGGUCGAUGGAGUGUACACGUUGCCGCAGACGGUUAGCCAGCUGUUCGUUGCAGUCGCGCAGCGAUAUGCGGUAAUUGUCAAGGCCAGACCGGCGGCUACCCAGAACUUUGCAAUCGUCUCCCAGUUCAACGUGGACAUGUUCGGCUCGUCGGUUACGCCGCCCAACAUGAACCCGACAUGCACCGCAUAUCUCGUAUACGAUGGCAGCAAACCGCUCCCGGCUCCUUUCACACUGACACCGCAAGUGUGGGACGACUCGCGCUUGGUUCCCUGGGACAAGCAUACUUUGAUUGAUGGCCCAAAUGUCCGAACGAUUGCGUUUACGGCAGACUUUGGCGUAGACAAUGCUGGGUCGACUCGCGGGUUCCUGAGUAGUUUUACCUACGUGUCGCAAAAGGUCCCAACCAUGUUCACGGCACUGACAGCUCCGCCCGACUAUGUAAUGAACCCUGCUAUUUACGGCCACGUCAACCCGCGCGUAUUGACGUUCAACUCGAUUGUCGAAAUCGAUCUCAACAAUCACGAUACGCGCGCACACCCCUUCCACUUGCACGGACACAACUUCCAGGUCAUUAACCGCGGCGAGGGCGGGACUCUGUGGCCGGGUCUUGACACGACGCCGCAGUACCCGAUGCGACGAGACACUGUUGUUGUCUAUGGCGGCUCUUCGGUGACGAUCCGAUUCGUCGCCGACAACCCGGGCAUUAACCUGUUCCACUGCCACACGGAAUGGCACGUCGAGAGCGGGCUGACGGCGACGUUUAUCGAGGCGCCCGACGUCCUCCAGGCCUACAAGCCGUACAUUCCUAACAGCCAUAAGAAUGUAUGCGACGCUCUGGGGAUAUCGCGCAAGGGCAAUGCCGGCGGCAACUCGAAGAACUGGCUCGACCUCAGCAAUGCCAACACGGAGCCCGAGGAUCCGAACCUAUACUACGGCGCCAUGACUGCGCCACCGCCUCCGGACAACUAAUGUGUCGGCUGGUGAUGUGUUUCAUCAGCUAUUCUUCUUGGCAGCGGCACUACUCAUUGGGCUGAGCGUGCUGGCUUCUGAUUCUUAUUUGAAUUCUAUCGAUUAGUAGUGCAGAAGGAAGCAGAUAGAGCACCUUGUACACAAUACUUUUGCCUCUAGGGUUAUAGCCUUAUUGUGAGUUACUUAUAUAUGCGAGGGAAUAGAUGGGAAGGUGUGUCAGUAUUUAUUUUUCUCCUCUCCUUCUAUUUAGUAACCGAGCAUGAGGAUGCCAACUGAGAGUGACGAGUACACUAGAGCAGGGUAUUUGCUGGUAAUCAAUGCAGAAUUUAUAU